CCAACAUGUGCAGAAUACAGGUAGUCCUCAAGUUACAGUGGGGUUUGGGACCAGCAGACCGGUUGUAAUUAGAAAAUUCUUUAAAAAAUAAAUUACAGUGUUAUCAAAUGUCCCAUUGCAAUAGAGCAAUGUUUCCGCGCCUCUUUCCCUCCCCUCAUAAACCUGGUUCUGUCUUCAUGCGCUCGCCUCACCCCAGACCUUCGUUCAGGUGACACUUUACACACAAUAUUGUGCAGUGUUAUGCAGUGGAGCUUCCAAAUUUUGCCAAGAAGGCGGCACUAGCCGAACCCCCCAACAAGUUGCUGCAGUGGGGGUUGUGUUGGCAGGGGUGCAGUGUAAACAAAGGACACGUCAGUUAUAUGAGUGGAAAAUGUCAUCUUCUGCAUCUUCUUACCUUCUGUGAAUGUUUUGUCCAAUUAUGAUUGUUGUUCCCUGUAAACCAGUGAUUCCCAAAGUGGGUGUGACUAGCCACCUGGGGAUGGUGGGAACAUCUGGGUGGGCGUUAGGGUGGCAUUAGGAGUAAUUAAUAACUUUUUGUUUUACAAAGUCUGAAUGACAAAGGUGAGGUCAGCCUCAUGUUGAGAAGCUGAUAUCCCUGCACCAGGCACAUCCAUCCCAUUAAUAAUAACGGUAAAGACAGUCAACAUUGGUAACUGAUGAGAUGUUGAUUUACCCGUCCAUGCCGCUGAAACAACUAAAACUGCUAAAUAAAUUGGUUUACUAAGGCAAGUUAUAUUUGUAAAAUAAAUAUCUAUUUAGUCUUGUUUUCAAUUUACAUCAUUGCAAACAUAUAACUACUGUAGAGUAAGGAAUGUGUAUAGCGUUAGUUCUAAGGGCAGCUGAGGGAGAAGUGUGUGUGGGCCGGCCCAACCCUCCCAGCCUUCCCCCUCCUGCCUUACCUCAGCUUGAAUGGGCACGUGCAUGAGGACAGUGGUGGGCAAGGGGGUGCAGGGCGGUAGUAGGAAGCACAGGAACUCUGCGUAAAUAAAUCGCUGUUCUACCCACAGCAGGAUAUUUGAAAUGUCAACUCAUUACUUAACCAAGAAUUACUAAUAUUGUUGGCCUGGUCAUAAGUGAUAAAGGUCGUAAGUCGUGCAUUGUAAAUCGAGGACUAACUGUACAUACAACUUUAUUUUAAGGAUAUAUGAACAAGGAGUAGCAUAAUAUGUAUCUCUACAUUCAACAAGAGCGACAGGAAGAAAGGAGUGGUAUAAUGUGAAGUGCAGAAGGGCAGAGGAGCUAAGAAAUAAAAAAGUUAAAGGUGGGUACAUUUGCUGUAGCUGCUUGUGGCUGUAGUACUCAUCUCUGCUCUUAACCAUUGGCCCUUGGAGCCUGUGGUAGGUGACAACACAUUACCCCGGGACACGGACCAGUUUGAAAUCCGGGAUUACCACAGUUUACCUUCCCCAGGUUUCUCCAGGUACCCAUUUAUUGACCAACCUGAAAAGGAGGAUGAACAGAUAGGGAAGCUGUACGUCAACUACCCGGGCCAGGAUUUGAACCAGGGCUCGUGGAGUGGUGACCAGGCAUGCUGAGCACUAGACCACGGAGGUGAAGAUGGAAGAUGGACGGAAGAAUGAUGGAAGAAAAUGAGGAGGAACAUGACGCAGAUGGAAUGGAAGAAAGUGAGGAGGAACAUGACACAGAUGGAAUGGAAGAAAGAUGGAAGAAAGUGAGGAGGAACAUGACACAGAUGGAAUGGAAGAAAGUGAGGAGGAACAUGACACAGAUGGAAUGGAAGAAGGAUGGAAGAAAGUGAGGAGGAACAUGACACAGAUGGAAUGGAAGAAAGUGAGGAGGAACAUGACACAGAUGGAAUGGAAGAAAGUGAGGAGGAACAUGACACAGAUGGAAUGGAAGAAAGUGAGGAGGAACAUGACACAGAUGGAAUGGAAGAAAGUGAGGAGGAACAUGACACAGAUGGAAUGGAAGAAAGUGAGGAGGAACAUGACACAGAUGGAAUGGAUGAAGAAUGGAAGAAAAUGAGGAGGAACAUGACACAGAGAAAUAAAGAAGAAUAUAAACUGGCAAGAAACAGUCAUGUGAAAAUAAGAAGAGAAGAGGAAAAGAUUUAUGUAAAGGAUAUUGUUGACAAGGGUAAGACUUACCCUUGACUGUUCUACUAGAUACAUUAAUGCAAAAAUUGAAUAAGGAAGGUGUAAUUCAUCUUAAAGUAUCUAACACAACUCAUGAAGGGCUGAAAGAAAUGAGUGAGAUACUGAGUGAAAAUUUCCAGAAAGUAUUUACACUGAAAUGAAGUUUUAGGAAACCACAGAGAGGAAGGAACACAGCAGUUACACCAAUCCUCAGAGACUGACCUCACUCCCUCUUCCUCGUUGCAGAGGUUGGAUGAGGAGGGUAGGGAAGUGAGGUUGGAGGUGUGAGUGAGGUGGCUAUGAAUGAUGAAUAGGUAAAAAUAUGAAAAGAUUAUAAAAAAAUAUUGAGCCCAGCCCCGCAUGUUAAAAUAACAUAAUUCGAGACAGUACUCAUAGCAUUCUUAACCAAUCCGCUGUGAUUGGCAUGGAUUUGGCCUUCACUGAUUGCCUGGUAGCAUAUACUCCCAGGUCCUUCUCUGCCUCUGUGGUAGAUAUUGGAGUGUUUCCCAUGUGGUAUUGGUAUGCUGGAUUUCCCCUCCCAAGGUGCAUGACUUUACAUUUUUCUUUGUUGAACUGUAGCAACCACAUUUUGCUCCAUUCCUGUAGCUUGGUGGUGUCUUCUUGUAGGAAAUACGCAUCCAAGGGGUUAGCAGAAUUGAAUAAGACAAAAAAAAAAAUAGUUAUCCUUACAAAAUUACCUUUUCACUAUUUAGUUUCUUGAAAGUCCUAUAGAGGGCACCACUAGCAGCAUCCAAACUUAAUAUUUGAUUGCCCCCUCUAUGUAUUCUUCCUCCAAGGGGGCAACCACCCCAUGCUAUGCCAUUGCCUCCAACAACACAUUAGCUUAAUUACAGUCUGAAGACACUAUUUUCACUGCUUCUGGUGCAACAAUUAACUUAGUUUUCAUUGCACUUUAUCACGAAUCAUCCGUCUGCUGGAAUCUGGAUUCCUUAUUUUCCAUAUUAUAUUGCAUCCAACUUUCACAAGUAAGAACGUGACGUGCUGGCUUGGAGGGAUUACCAGCACUCUUCCUUUGUCUUUUUGGAGCCACAUCAUCACCAAUCUGGUAAUUAAGGGAACCGCAUUAUGCAUGGAAAACUUUUGGACUGUUCGCAGUGAUGGUGUUGAUACCAGAUUGCACCAUUUUUUUUGUUUUAGCUAAGAAAACAUUCCCCAUACAGGGCAACAUAAAAGCGCAUUUAGAGGGUGAUUGGUUUCUUGUAAUACUAGUAUUGAAAUAAUUUAUUGAUUCUUUUUAUGAGCAUACUAUUGCAUAAAAUGAUGAUAUAAUUUUGAAUGAUUUUUCAUAAAUGCAUUAUUUACAUCAAACAAUUUUUUUUUAAACAUUAAUAUGAUUCUUGAUAUAUUCUUUAAUUUGAAUAUGCCCAACAUUCAUCAGUAAAUCCAGCAAAUUCUUUUCUCGAACGAAUCGUACUGACUAUCAGUUCACCUCAUGGUCUGCCAAACACUUAUUUAAUCGAGUCGUUAAUGUUUGAAAUUCUCUACCCUGUGAUGUCGUUGAUAGUACAACAGUUACGGCCUUCAAGAAUAGAUUAGAUGAAGUAUUUUGAAUCCAACCAGCAACUAAGAUGUUACUCAUGGUCGUAAUAACGUUAAGUCUUUCGAAUAUUGGUGUCCUUGUCCAAUUUUAUUGCACAGUUAGUGGUAGCAUUAAUGGACUAAUGGUAGUUCUUUCCUCUUUCCUACAUGAUUUCCAUGCAGUUUUUCCAUGCUGCACGGUUCUUUUUCCUUUCCUGCCAGCUUUGGAUGAAGGGAUGGGGGGGUGGGGAGGAGCCUUCGCCUUGGCUGUCCUUCAUCUUCCACCUUUGAUUAGAUAGUUAGUGUAGCUUGUCACAAACAGCCUUGUAAGGACCAUCAUGUCUGCUGUUGUUUGUUCAUCGUUUGUGAUGACGGAGAUUUUAGUGAGUUGGGGAAUGGAUUUGUCGCGAUGCUGGGCAGAAAUGUAAAGAGCAUGAUUGGCAGGAGUUUGAAGGAUCAGAUACCUUUUCUGAGCUGCCUCUAUCUUUUAUAGCAUUAGAUCAAGCGUGAGGAGCAGCAGAGAAAGUACAUGGAAUAUGUGCCUUCAAGGAAGUCCAUUCCAGAGACAAUCACCAUAUGGUUACCUGCCUUCUGAUCUAAUUAGCCUCUUUCAUUACAGCUUCAUGCUAUUGCACACUGCCGCAUCUGCGGCAUAUCACUGUUCACAGCCUCAGAAACUAACUCUUCUAUAUUGUUAGUGUACUCCGGCAAACAUUCUCAUUUCAUCUUUCCACAAGGCUCCCUGUCUGCCCUAAGCUACAACUUUUCAGUUGUCAUUCUUUUACUUUGGGUGUUCAUUUGUUAUCAGUUUCAUGCAUAUGACCUGCUGAAGUCCCAUUUCCUUAUUUAAAUCUUCAUUAGAAUAUCAUCAACCUGUUCUCUAACUCGUGGUAUUCGCUUCUUGUAGUAUUUGCAACAUUUGUCUCCAUUUGUCUUUGCCUAUUUAGCUUUUUCUAGAUAUUUUCUGAGGAACCAUGCGACACUUGUUGUACAUUGUCCUUUUCAGGGAGAGUGCCAAGCUUCUUCUUCAGUCUAUACAGCCCCCAUCUUACUCUACACAGCCCCAUUUCACUUUACACAGCCCCAUCUCACUCUACACAGCCCUAUUUCACUCUACACAGCCCCAUUUCACUCUAUACAGCCCGAUCUAGCUCUACUUAGCCCCAUCUCACUCUUCACAACCCUAUCUCACUCUACACAGCCCUAUCUCUCUGCACAGCUCCCAUCUCACUCUACACAGCCCUAUCUCACUCUACACAGUCCUAUCUCACUCUGCACAGCUCCCAUCUCACUCUACAAAGCCCCCAUCUAACUACACAGCUCCAUCUCACUCUACACAGCCCCAUCUCACUCUACACAGUCCUAUUUCACUCUGCACAGCCCCAUCUCACUCUACACAGCCCCAUCUCACUCUACACAGUCCUAUUUCACUCUGCACAGCCCCAUCUCACUCUACACAGCCACUUUUCACUCUACACAACCCCAUUUCACUCUACACAGCUCCAUUUCAUUCUACACAGCCCCAUCUCCCUACACAGCCCCAUCUCACUCUAUACAGCCCCAUCUCACUCUACAGCCCCAUGUCACUUUGCACUCCCUAUCUCACCCUGCACAGCUCCCAUCUUACUCUUCACAGCCCCAUCUUACUCUACACAGCUCCAUUUCACUCUACACAGCCCCAUCUCACUACACAGCCCCAUUUCACUCUUCACAGCCCCAUCUCACUCUACACAGCUCCCAUUUUACUCUACACAACCCCAUCUCACUUUACACAGCUCCCAUCUUACUCUAUACAGCCCCAUCUCACUCUACACAGCCCCAUUUCACUCUGCACAGCUCCAUCUCACUCUACACAGCCCCAUUUCACUUUACGCAGCUCCAUCUUUCUCUACACAGCCCCAUUUCACUACACAGCCCCAUUUCACUCUACACAGCCUGAUCUAGCUCUACUUCGCCCCAUCUCACUCUACACAGCCCUAUCUCACUCUACACAGCCCUAUCUCACUCUGCACAGCUCCCAUCUCACUCUACAAAGCUCCCAUCUAACUCUACACAGCCCCAUCUCACUCUACACAAUCCCAUUUCAAUCUACACAGCCCCAUCUCACUCUACACAGUCCCAUUUCACUCUGCAGAGCCCCAUCUCACUCUAAACAGCCCCAUUUCACUCUGCACAGCUUCAUUUCACUCUUCACAGCCCCAUUUCACUCUGCACAGCCCCAUCUCACUCUACACAGCCCCAUCUCACUCUACACAGCCCCAUCUUACUCUACACAGCCCCAUCUGACUCUACAGUCCCAUAUCACUCUACACAGUCCCAUUCCACUACACAGCCCAAUCUCACUCUACAAAGCUCCAUCUCACUCUACACAGCCCCAUCUCACUCUACACAGCCCCAUCACACUCUACACAGCCCCAUCACACUCUACACAGCUCCAUCUCAACCUACAUAGCCCCAUCUCACUCUACACAGCCCCAUCUCACUCUACAUAGCCCCAUUUUACUCUACACAGCUCCCAACUCACUCUACACAGCUCCAUCUCACUCUACACAGCCCCAUCACACUCUACACAGCUGCAUCUCACUCUACACAGCCCCAUCUCACUCUACACAACCCCAUUUCACUCUACACAACCCCAUCUCACUCUACACAACCCCAUCUCACUCUACACAGCCCCAUCUCACUCUACAUAGUCCCAUCUCACACUACUCAGCUCCAUCUCACUCUACAUAGCCCCGUCUCACUCUACACAGCCCCACCUCACUCUACAUAGCCUUAUCUCACUCUAUUUAGCCCCACCUCACUCUACACAGCAUUAUCUCACUCUACAAAGCCCCAUCUCACUCCACACAACCUUAUCUCACUCUACACAGCCACAUCUCACACUACACAGCCCCAUCUUCCUGUAAACAGCCCCAUCUCACUCUACAUCCCUCCCCCCACUCCCUACACAGCCCCAUCUCACUCUACACAGGCCCAACUCUAUCUAUAAUGUGUAUAUUAUAAUGUACAUGUGAAUGUGUGACUGUAUGUCGCAACAUCAUGGCACAGCCGCGCCACA